UCCACGCGCUGAGCUCAUGGCCGCGCCUCGCUCCCACUUCCGGCCACGCCCACCCUGCCUUCGUGACGUCACGGGAGCGCCCCGCUAUAAAAACCCCGCCGCUCAACGCCGAGCGCCAGUUCCGCUCUUCCUCUCUCGCCGCCAUGGCUGCCGCUACAGCUGGCCCAGCUCCGGAGCCGCUGCUUCAGGGCCCGUUUUGCGGUCAGCCGUCUUCCGAACCGGAGCCUCCGCUCCCCCCUCGCUCCCCCUGGUGCCCGCCGUCACCGGAGCUCGGCCGCCUCCUGCGUUCCCUCAGCGCUCCGUCGGGUCGUUCCGUGCCUCCUCCUCCCGGUUUCUCUCCUCGGUUCCGCGGGGCUCCUCCCGGCCUGACCCGCCCGCAGCCUUCCGACGCCGCAUUGCUGGCUUUGGCGGCUCUGACUUUAGGCACGGACCCACCCGGCACCGUCCCGUUACCGUUCCCGUCUCGCAAAUCGGUUCAACUCUCCUCUCUCGGCUUGGCGCUUCUGUCUCCGACGUCGAACGAAUCGUCUCAGCUGUCACCGUCGCUUUCUCCUCCUCCAUCCCCGUUCAACUUCUCUUUAUCACCUCCCUCCUCGCCGCCGUCCCCGCUCUACAAAACGGAACUGUGUCGCCCUUUUACCGCUACCGGCCAUUGUCGUUACGGUGCCCGCUGUCAAUUCGCCCACGGUCCCGAGGAGCUACGGGGGCUCCGUCGCCACCCCAAGUACCGCACGCAACCGUGCAGCACCUUCCAACGUUGCGGGACGUGCCCGUAUGGCUCCCGUUGUCACUUCCUGCAUGGCCCCGGACCGGCGGAGGGAAGCACUGGCAACCCGGGCAGCCCCCACCGCCUCCCGGUGUUUGACCGUAUCUCAGUGUCGGAAUGAGGGAUGUGGUGCUGGUUCCCCUCCCCAGAGGAAGGGAACACCCCCCUCCCCCCCUUCCUUUCCUUCCUCCCCCCCCUCUGCCAGGAACUUUGGGCUGAAGGAGGCGGAGAUGUCAGAUGUAGCAUCCCUGGGGUGGGGGGAGGCACGCUGUGCUCGGUCCCAGUGGUUAAAAACUGGGAAUGGGGGGGGGAGGAAGAGGAGGAGAGGGAGACGAGGCUGGCAGGUCCUGUCGUCCCCCCCUCCCCUGCCCUCCCCGCCCUGAUUCUGCCUUUAUUUAUUACUCACUCAGUGCCUUAGGGGCGUUUCUGUCCCUGUGUAUGGCUUUUUCUUUCUUUUUUUUUUCUUUUUUUCGGUGGCCAGAUGUUUUAUAUUGUAUUUA